GUAUAGCGAAUAAAAAGGAAAAUAAAAAGUACAUGGAUAAAAAAGCGUGAAAAUAGCCAAAGCAGAGGUACGACAAUUUUGAUUAAUGGUGCACGAUACGAUAUUACGGUGCCCGAGACCCAGACCCACACCGAGAUAAACAUGGCGACGAAAAAGCUGACAACCGGCCUUACUGGCCUGGCCGUGGCAACGCACCCCCACCACAUGCUGGGAGUCCUCUAUGGCAAGAUCCUCAGGUGCCUGCAGAAGAUGCCCUCAGAUGCUGCUUACCGGAAGUACACGGAACAGAUUGUCACGGAGCGGUACAACUAUGUGAAAACGGAAACUGAUGUUAACAAGCUUGAGAAGGCUAUCGAUUCAGGCCAGCUGGAAGAGGUCAUCAAACAAGCAGAAAAUGAACUAUCUCUUGCACGGAAAAUGCUUGACUGGAAGCCAUGGGAGCCCCUCCAGCAGGAGCCACCACAGGGACAGUGGAAGUGGCCCUUGUAGAGGACAGCAGCAGCAGCAGGUGUUCCUUCAGUCUUUGAAUUUGUUAAAAAUAUCUAGAGGAGUAAGCAAUGCUUCUAAAUGUAUAUAUAUAUUUAAAAUAUUUCUUUAACAAGUUGUACAUGAAGUAGCUUAAGUAAAUUUUGAACUGGU